CACAGCAAAGAUACAAGAAUGUUGGGGAGGAACAACUUAGGGUUGCACCUUGCUUAUUGCUUGCUCAGCCCUUGCACCAGCGAAGACUUUGCCAAAAUUUUUCAAUGGACCACCUUUGAGGACCAAUAUUGUUACUCCCAAGACAGUGAUCCUGAACUGGACGCAAGUGACUACACAGCUAUAGUUAUUUUUAGUGUGUUUGCCCUGCUGGUAAUUUCAUCCACAGCCUACGAUUUGUUCCUUUAUUACACGAAAACCGAAGCCCUACACGACGUACUCCUGGCGUUCUCCCUUUGGAGCAACGGCCGGAAGAUCCUAAAAACAAACUCGUCCAACAGCCAGUUGUCCUGCAUCAACGGCUUCAAAGCCCUGAGCAUGAUGUGGGUGAUUUACGGGCACGAGAACAGCCUUUUAGUGAGCAGCGGCACCAUGAAUUACAUGGAAGUGAGCCUGUUCAUGAGGGAGAAGAAGAACAUGUAUUUACUUGCGGCGCCGGUUUCGGUCGACACCUUUUUCGCCAUUGCCGGGCUUUUAACUGUUUACACGGUUCUUAAGGCUAAGGUUGAAGGGAUGAAGUUUGUUCGGGGGCUUCCAAUGUUUUACGUUCACAGAUACUUGAGGUUAACUCCUGCCUUUGCCUUUGUAAUUCUAUUUAAUGCAACCUUGUUGAGGUUUGUUGGAAGUGGGCCAUUUUGGGGAAAUGUGCAGAAUGAUGUUGAUACCUGCAGGGAGGGAUGGUGGGGAUCCAUCCUAUACAUACAAAACUACAUAGAUCCUAUGUCUACUUGUGUCCCUCAAUCCUGGUAUUUGUAUGUUGACACACAAUUAUUCGCCAUCUCACCCUUGGUGAUAAUUCCUUUACUCUUUUGGCCAACUAUAGGACUUGCCUUCUUGGGCUUACUAAUUUUGGCUGGAAUUAUCAUACCAUUUUCUGUUACUUACAGUUUAGAUCUAACUGUGGCUCAAACUGACAUGGAAUCAAGUGAAAGGUACAUGAAAUAUUACUAUGCCCAACCCUACACAAGAUGUGGCCCAUAUUUUAUUGGAAUGUUGUUUGGAUGGCUCAUUUACAAGUUAAAAACUGACGAAAUUACUUUGAGCAAAAAAACUAUGCGUCAGUUGUCCAUAGUUUUGUGGCCGGUUGCUCUGGCUGGCACCGCAGCUUGUCUUUAUGGAGGCGCAGACCUUGUGACGGGAGCCACCACCAGUACUUUAGCCACGUCGUUUUACAACGGCUUCAACAGGAACGGCUGGGCUUUAUCCUGCUGCAUUAUCAUCAUGUUGUGCUGCAUCGGAUACGGAGGUCCAAUUAAUGCGUUCCUCUCGAUCCCAUUGUUUCAAACGUUGGCGAAAUUAUCGUAUUCCAUGUAUUUGGUGCAUUACACUAUUGUAAUUACGGCCCGAUAUAUGAGCGUGAAGGCCCCCAUUUAUUUUUCCUGGUGGUCUGUUGCUCAUGGGUUUUUUGGUGAUUUUAUAUUGACGUUAGUUGGGGCAUUCUUUUUGUGUGCCAUUUUUGAAUCUCCCAUUAUUAUCAUAGAAAAAUUCAUAUUUGGUAAUGAAAACCAUUCCAAGACUGAAAAGAAAUCUCCAAUUAAAAAUAAAAUUUAAUACUUAGAUAUACUUAAAUAUUGUUAUGUUAUAUUAAUAAAUUAUUAUUUUUAUUUAGAA